ACAUCCACACGCUCGACCGCUGAGGGUCCCGAGUCGCAGUCAUUCUCCUACAGGGGGCGCGUCGCCCUGGCGCAACCAUGGCUCGUGAUGGUUUAGCGGGGAAAGUCAGGCUAUUCCUCCUCGUCCCGUGAGCCGUCGCCUCUGCUCUUGCGCGCCCGCUCUUUAACCGAAGCUGCGUGUCUCUGAGCGGUGCCCGUCACAUGGUGACCCCGCCGGCGGCCGCCCCUUGGAGCCUCCCGGUCGCAGCCCGCCGAGGAUGCAGCGACCGCAGCUGGCGGAGACUGAGCAUCAUCGCAAGAGGCAGGCAGGGGUUGCGAACGCGCGUGUGCUGGGCGCGCCGGCGGUGGCACCGGGAGCGGAGGCUGCGCGCAGCCUGGACACCUGCCCCACGCCCUCCUGGGGCCGGGCAGCAAGCCAGAACCCAGUCGCGGCGGCGGCUGGAGACCCGGAGCCCUCGGGGAUGGAGAUGGGGGUUGCUGAGGGGGUUCGGAAGGAGGCCAGGAGGGCUGGUGGCUUGGGGGCGAGGGGCGCGUUUGGGAUACGCCAGGGCCGAGCGGGGACGCGCUAGCGCGGGAGUUGCAUUGUGGGAAGGGAGCUGGGAGAGGAUGGCGGCCGGAGUGGUGGGUCCGCGCGUAGCCCCGCGAGUCACGGGCAGCGAGGGAACGGCGUGUCGGCUCCCGGGACUGCAACAAAAUACCGGGGUUGCCGGGGGUGGGGGCGAAGUGGCCAGAGCCCCGGGGCGCGCCAGCACCCCUGGACACCCUUUGUGCGUAACCCGCCGACGGAGGCGCCUCCCCUCUUCCGGAUACCUCGCCAGCCCUCCCGGAGCUCUGUGCUGGGGGACUUUCUUUGGGGGAUUGGUGAUUUUGCUGGACUGCAGGUGGGCUUCGGCCCGCGGGGAGACCCCACGUAAUCCCGGCCCUGGGGCCCGGCGCGUCUGGGUUCACGGAACCGGGCGCUCGAAAUCGGGGGUCAGCGUGGGGCGAGAGAGCAGGUUGGAGGAGACUGGGACAGCUGGGCCCGUUUCCCUUUCUUUUGCUCUCUCUUUGUUCCAGGCACAGCUCCUUUGCACUGACUGGACACUUCCUUGCAGGGACGUGUGUUUCCUUAAAAUGGCGACAGGAAAUCCCACCUGCGCGCCAGCCAAUUAGACUGUCAGCACCGCGCGAAUUUGCGGGGUGGAAACUCGAGCCUUUUAUUGACGGGAAUGGUUCCGUCUCCGUGUUCCAUCAAAACAGGAAAGGGAAGGUGAAUCAUCAUUCAAAAAUUAACCUACCUGGAGAAUUUCAAGCGGGCAGACCGAGUAGUCUGUGCCAUGGAGGGACUAUGGUUUUUUUAAUCAUCGCUGGAAAAACGAGAGGACAACCACACUCCUCACAGCUGACUAAAAUCCUCAUUGCCUCGGAUGGCAUUAAAUGGUCUUCAUUAGUUCAACGGGGAAUGUCUGAGAACCACCUUCAGAAGGCCCGCUCUUGAAUAAACCCAAGAAACUGAAAGGCAGGGCAAAUAGUAGGAGGAAGGUGGUGGACAGCCUCGCCCCCACAGACCUGCGAUGAAUUCUGCCUGACACUGCUUCUCUCACCUGCUUCGCUUUUGUCCUUAGUCCUGUUUCCCAAUUUGUUUAAAAAAAAAAAAAAAAAAAAAAAAAAGAGGG